AUGUCAAUUAAAGAUAAUAUCAGAUAUGCAGUUACAAAUGCAAGCGAUAAAGCCAUCACAGAAGCAGCAACAGUUGGUAACGCACAUCAAUUCAUUAUGACUCUCCCAGAUCAAUAUAAUACAAUGUUAGAGAAAACAUCAUUAUCAGGAGGUCAAAAGCAAAGAAUAUGUAUAUCAAGAGCUCUUUUGGUUGGUGCUCCGAUAUUAUUGCUUGAUGAAGCAACAGCAUCUCUUGAUACUGAAUCAGAAAAGAUCGUUCAACAGUCUCUUGAAGAGGCAAGAAAAGGAAAAACAUCAAUCGUUGUUGCGCACAGGCUUGCAACUGUUAUCAAUGCAGAUAAGAUAUUCGUAUUUAAAGAAGGCAAGAUUAUUGAGGAAGGAAAACAUGAUGAGCUUUUGCAAAAAGGCGGAUUAUAUGCUGAUCUCGUUAAAAAUCAGCUUCAGUAA